AUGGCUCUCAAUUCUCUACGCAGCGCCUUCACUCCUCCACGCGGGAUUUUCACUCCUCUACGCAGAAGCAAAAUGGCUCAUUUUGUCGCACAGAGUCACCAGACGACAAUUCUCCUCCUCCUGCUAGCCCUCGCUGUCGCACGUUUCCCUCCAUUAUGCGUGUGCGCCGCUGCUGCUCCUACUACUAACGACCUCCGCAAAUUCCGGAACGAUGUGGACAAAAAACAGAAUCAAAUUUCCUUCUUGCCUAGGGAAGAUUACACUUCCGACACUCCCACGGAGCGUGAACAAAAUUCCGGCAUUCAGGAGAAACUCCAGGAGGCUUCAACAGAAGCAGACGCGACGAUACGCGGCGGAGUUAAAGCAGCGAAUCAGGGAGGAGAGGAGAGGGUAGGCGAAGGCAGUCUGAGAGGGAAGGUUAGAGGAAACAAAGUGAUUCGGGGAGUGGAAGGCGAGGGAAGAGGGUGGGGAAGAGUGGCUCCAGACAUGGCUGCCGUUGUGAAAUUGGCCAAUGACGAGGAUGAUAGUGGCGGGGAUAGCAAUACCGAGGAUGGCAACGGCGGGGAUGGCAAUAACGAGGAUGGCAAUAACGAGGGGCUGGAAGAAGAGGGAGGAGGAUGGGGAAGAGUAGCUCCAGACAUGGCUGCCGUUGUGAAAUUGGCGAAUGACGAGGAUGAUAGUCGCGAGGAUGGCAAUGACGAGGAUGACAAGAACAAGGGGGACAAUGGCGAGAAGGACAGUAGCGAGAAAGACUAUGGCGAGGAUAAAGACGGUGUGAAGGACAGUAGCGAGAAAGACUAUGGCGAGGAUAAAGACGGCGUGAAGGACAGCGGAAGGCUUCGUCCCGAAACUGAAAUUCUCACAGUCUGCACACCAGCAGGCCAUGCUCAAGUGCGCAUCUCCCCUGCCCGCAUGGGGCAGACGUGGAGAGGAUGGGGCACCUCGUUGGGAUGGUUCGCCAACUACAUUGGCAAGCUCCCACCACACCAGCUCUCUUUCCUUCUCGACCUGCUCUUCCAUCCCUCCAUCGGCCUUGGGUUGAACCUCGCACGAUACCUUAUCGGGGGCAGCUUCAACCCCCUCCUCAGCCCCCAGUUCCUCACAGAAGCCUGCGAAGCCAUGGCGAUUCCCGGUUACCGCGUAACCGCGUCCGGGCCGUACGAUUGGUCGGCGGAUUGGCGGCAGAGGAGGGUAUUGGCCGGAGCGAUCGAGCGGGGAGUUGAGGAGGUCGAAGCAGUGGCUUACUCCCCCCCUUGGUGGAUGACUGUCAGUGGGGACACUGCGGGGCUAAGUACCGGUAAGAGUAACUUAAAAAGAGGGUAUUACUUAGCGUACGCGGGGUAUUUAGCGGAUGUGGUCGCACAUUUCCGGGAGGAGUGGAACGUGACGUUCUCGACGCUGAAUCCGGCCAAUGAGGCGCUAGAAGGGUGGUGGGUGCGCGGUAACCGGCAGGAGGGGUGUAACUUCAACGGCACGGAGCUCAAUAUGCUUAUAGCGAAUGUGGUGGGGACGCUUAAAAGGAGGAGGCUGUUCGAUCGGACAGGAGUCGCUGGUUUCGACAGUUUCGCCGGACGAACCUUUCGAAAUUGGGAGGAAUUUUCACCUUUAGUCAAAUCGGCACUCACCCGAAUCAACGUGCACGGGUAUCUGUCUCCCCCGGGAAAUGGCACAAGUGCGCGUGAUUAUAUCGAAGGCAAGUUCGUCGGUUAA